AUGUCGGGGCCCACCUGGCUCCCCCCAAGGCAACUGGAGCCCGCCCGAGCCUCUCCGGGGCGAGCUCUCCCCCGAGGCGCCCCCGGGCCGCCGCCAGCCCACCGAGCGGCACUCCAGCCCCACCCCAGGGUCAAUUUUUGCCCCGUCCCACCGGAGCAGUGUUACCAGGCCCCCGGGGGAUUGGAGGACCGGGGGCCGGACUGGGUGGGGUGCCGUGGAGCACCCCAGCGCUCGCAGGGACUCCCCCCAGACCGGGGGCGGCUGCACCCAGGAAGUCUAGAUGCUGAAAUAGAUUCCCUCACCAACAUGUUGGCUGAGCUGGAUGGGGGUCGAGGUCAUGCCCCACGGCGGCCUGACCGGCAGGUUUACGAGCCCCCUCCGCCCUCUGCCUACCGCCCUGGCUCAGGCUCCCUGAAGCCGAAUGGAGGGGGUGUUCCUCCGCCGCUGCUCCCGGCAUCCCCCUACGGGGGCCCCACUCCAGCCUCCUAUGCUACCGCCAGCACUCCUGCCGGCCCCGCCUUUCCUGUGCAAGUGAAGGUGGCACAGCCCGUGCGAGGCUGUGGCCCUCCCAGGGGGGGACCCUCUCAGGCCUCAGGGCCCCUGCUGGGCCCCCACUUUCCUCUCCCAGGCCGAGGUGACGUCUGGGGGGCUGGCUAUAGGAGCCACCGAGAGCCAGGGCUUGGGAGUAAAGAGGAGGUUGCUGGGAGCUCCAGUCCUCUCGGAGUUGGAAGAGGAAGUGGGUACGGGCACCAGGGUCCCCUGAGCCAGCCUCCUGAGGAGGAGCUUGAGAGACUGACCAAGAAGCUGGUGCAUGACAUGAGCCACCUGCCCAGCGGGGAGUACUUCGGCCGAUGUGGGGGCUGUGGAGAAGACGUGGUUGGGGAUGGGGCCGGGGUUGUCGCCCUGGACCGCGUCUUUCACGUUGGCUGCUUUGUGUGUUCUACGUGCCGUGCCCAGCUUCGGGGCCAACAUUUCUAUGCCGUGGAGAGGAGGGCGUAUUGUGAGAGCUGCUAUGUGGCCACCUUGGAGAAGUGUUCCACCUGCUCUCAGCCCAUCCUGGACCGGAUCCUUCGGGCUAUGGGGAAGGCCUACCACCCUGGCUGCUUCACCUGUGUGGUGUGCCACCGCGGGCUUGAUGGCAUUCCUUUCACGGUGGAUGCCACCAGCCAGAUCCACUGCAUUGAGGACUUCCACAGGAAGUUUGCUCCACGAUGUUCAGUGUGUGGUGGGGCCAUCAUGCCUGAGCCAGGUCAGGAGGAGACCGUGCGAAUUGUUGCCCUGGAUCGCAGUUUUCACAUUGGCUGUUACAAGUGUGAGGAGUGCGGGUUGCUGCUCUCCUCUGAGGGUGAAUGUCAGGGCUGCUACCCCCUUGAUGGGCACAUCUUGUGCAAGGCCUGCAGUGCCUGGCGGAUCCAGGAGCUCUCAGCCACCGUCACCACUGACUGCUGA